AAAUCAUGCUGCAUUACUUGUGAAAGUCUGUUCUUAAAUAUUCAAAUGAUUUUAUUUUCAAAAUGGCUAAAUUGUUGUUACUUAAUCAAGGAACUUAAAUUGCUAUGUACUGUAUUUUUAACACUAAACUGCAUGCACUACAGUUAUAACUUUAUAUUAAUGAUUUAAGUGUGCUGAUGAUUAUGAAUUAUUUUUAGUAUAUUUUCAGGUUAUUGUCUCAUCCUAUUAAUUUUUCCUAAUUUAUGUCGAAAUGCGCCCAUUGUAAGUAUAUGUACCACACAGUACCAGUCAAAGCAUUUGAUUGUAUUCUACUGAUGUGGGACAUUUAAUGAGAGGAUAAAUACUGGGAAUCAGUGAAGUGACUGUGUUUGUAACCUUUUAAUUUAGUGGAAACUGACUUUAGAUCUAACUUGGGAACUAAUUAGACAAUGUUAGCAGAUAACAUACUACCUUAGUUUCUGCUUGUGAAUAUACAAUAGAUUUUUCAAACCCUUUUCAAUCAGUUCCUCCAGUUGUACCUUUUUGAUGAUGUGAAAGCUAGUUAGUCUCUCUGUAAGUCUGCUACAGGCUUGUGUGGAUGAGAUUGUCAGAGAUUUCACUCAUUCAAAUGAGAAAAUUAAGUUCACUGAUUUGUUUGAUAUAAACUUAUCUAACCCUUAUUAUAACGACACAGUGUGAGAAUUUCAAUGACAAUGAUAAAUAAAAAUAGUACAGAGUACAUCCAUGGUCUGAUAAACAUCCACUGGAGCCCUACUGACCCCUACUGUACAUGUCAAUUUAAUUAUUCACCCAGGCACCAAGAAACCAUGUAGAGGUGAAAUGACAGAAAAACUAAUUUGCAAUAAUUUUAGUGUUUUUUGAACUAUCAGACUAUCAGAAUGUGUUAACUUGGGCUUCAGUGGAUAAAGAUGGACCACAAUUUACAGACAUUGUACAAAUAAUCAAUUGAUUAACUGGGAUGCUUGUAGUUCUACUUCUCGGCACUGAGUGGCGCUGUGACACAUGCUGCAUUCACCGUGUGACUCUCUUGGUAACAAAAUCUGUGUUGUCAAACGUUGCUAAGGAAGUUAUAGAGCUACUUUUUAAAUUAGCCACUCUGAGAUCAAACAGCGGUAUACGAGAGGUGUAGGUCACUUAAUGAUGAGAGUACUUUGUCCACCUGACCACAGCUGGUCUCAGACAUGAUGAGAGGAUGACUGAGAAUGGAGAGGACAGCAGCCUCCAUCAGAAUUGUCAAGCUCCUGACAAAGGAGAUUCAGUUGUCACUGACAGCAGGCCACGCAAGACCUCCUUAGUGGAUGUCAAACCCUGCAAGGAACACAGUGAUGCCCUUAAACUCACUGCUAGAAAGGGAGAGGGAGAGGUCAGUCCGUACCAGCCUCGGCCACCCUCAUUGCCCAGGCAAGCAAAGUCCAGCAAAAGUGGCUCAGUUGAGGAGACGGUGAGAAACAGGAGGCUGAGAAACAGCCAGGAGAGUCUGAGCGACCCGGCUGAGACUGGCUCCUCCACAGACUCGCUUAAAGAGGACCAAACAGUAGCAGCUCCAGGUGGGUUUGUUGUCAGUAGUGCUGCCACCAUCAGGAACCGGGACACCAGUGUGAGACCACACUCUGCUGUUGCGACAGGAUCCCCAGUCUUCCGGGAGAGAGGGAGCAGUCUCUCUGAGUAUGAAAGGAGGCCUCACAGCCAGCAGAGCGACCCCACAGACCACCGGGGGAGGUCCACCAAGCAGCGACUGUCUCCGGUGCAACCCAUGGGGCCGCUGCCUGCUCUGGAGAAGAGCUUCGUGUCAGCCACUUUAAGGGCAGCUAAUAGGAUUGACAGGGAUUGUUUGGAUUAUGGCGUGCUGGCCAGAGAGAAGCUCAGGGAGAGACUCCACAGGAACCUGAGCGACAGCCGGCUUCUGGAGAACAUGGGGUCGGACAGUGCCUCUGUCAACUCCAUGAGGUCCACCUACAGCGUGCUCAGCCCCAUCAGACCGCAGGAUGUGAGGAACAGGAGCUUUUUGGAGGGCAGCGUGCUUGGAAGUGGUGCUCUGCUUGGGGCUGAGGAGCUGGACCGUUACUUCCCCAACAGGAGAGUGGGUGUCUACAUCGCCACAUGGAACAUGCAGGGAGAGAAGGGGCUGCCAGCCAACUUAGAUGAUCUCCUCCUUCCAACAGACUCUGAAUUUGCACAAGACUUUUAUAUUAUCGGGGUCCAGGAGGGCUGUCCUGACAGGAGGGAGUGGGAGACGCGUCUUCAGGAGACUCUGGGACCUUAUUACGUCAUGCUGUACGCAGCAUCACAUGGUGUUUUGUAUCUCACUGUAUUUGUCAGAAGAGACCUCAUCUGGUUCUGCUCAGAGGUGGAGCACGCCACGGUCACAACCAGGAUCAUCUCUCAGAUCAAGACCAAAGGGGCCGUGGGAAUUGCUUUCACCUUUUUUGGCACUUCCUUCCUCUUCAUCACAUCCCAUUUUACCUCUGGGGAUGCUAAAGUUUACGAGAGAAUACUCGAUUACAAUAAGAUUGUCGAGGCUCUAGCCCUUCCAAAAGGCCUUCCAGACACCAACCCUUACCGAUCCACACCAUCUGACGUCACCACAAGAUUUGACCAGGUCUUCUGGUUUGGAGACUUUAACUUCCGGCUGAGUAAGGACCGGGUGGAUGUGGAGAGCAUCAUGAACCGCACUGUGGAUGGUGAUAUGGGCCCCCUGUUGGAGCAUGACCAGCUCUUCAAGGAGAUGAAGGAUGGUUCAAUCUUUAAAGGUUUUCAAGAGGCAACGAUACACUUCCUCCCCACAUACAAAUUUGACAUCGGCUGCGACAUCUACGACACUACGUCUAAACAGAGAACGCCUUCAUACACAGACAGGAUCCUGUUCAGGAACAGGCAGGCUGAAGACAUAAAAGUGGUCAAGUACACCAGCUGCUCCAGCAUCAAGACCUCAGACCAUCGACCCGUCAUCGGUGUCUUCCAGGUCAAACUAAGGCCAGGCAGAGACAAUAUUCCUCUGGGUGCAGGACAGUUCGACCGAGGCUUGUAUUUGGAGGGCAUUAGGAGGAGGAUCACCAGAGAGCUGAAGAGGAGGGAAGCCAUGAAGAACCAAAGUAGCAGCACCAUCUGCGCCAUCGCUUAGACCCUUAAAGUGGACUCGCCAGACCAGACCAGACCAGGCUGGACUGGAUCAAACCGUGCCACAAAACAGGCAGGUGGAAAAGGACCAAAAGGAAACCGGAGUUGUCUUAAUUACACAGUACCCAGCGCUGAUUGUGGUAACUGAGCAGAGUGCGCCCUCUAUUGGACAUUGUUAGGAGCUGUGUGUGUGUGUGUGUGUGUGUGUGUGUGUGUGUGUGUGUGUGUGUGUGUGUGUGUGUGUGUGUGUGUGUGUGUGUGUGUGUGUGUGUGUGUGUGUGUGUGUGCAUGUAUGCAUGCAUGCAUGCAUGCAUAUGUCCUGCUGGUCAAGAGAUGUGGCUGGCUGUACUUGAGGGCAGGGACCUUAAGGUCAGACAGAGAGAGAUUUGCAGACACAGCAGCAGCAGUCUGGCCUUUAUUUAUUCACCCCCUUCUACUCAAACGUGACUGGGACAGAGUGGGAUGGGGUGGGGUGGGGUUUAGGGGGCCAUCAUGGCUUACUCUUCAGUCACACGCUGCAACCUGAACUGAUUUAACCUCGCAGGCUCUGCAUUACAUUUUCAGAUACAUUUUUAGGUGUUUAAAAAGCAUCAUGAACCACAAUGUUUUUUUUGGUUUUUUCUGAAUGCUACAUCUUGCCUUGUGAAUUUGUCAUCAGUAAGCAUUUAGGUGUCUGCCAUUGGUCCAUUUUUAACUUGAAUUGUGUUCUGAGCUGAAUGAACGACUGAAGAAGGGAACUGUAGCUACAUUAUUUCUGUCAUGAGGUCAAAUAUAUCAUAUAAAGAGCAUGACAUUAAUGAAUGCUGCAGCUAUGAGGUUGUUAUUACUUAUUAUGUGCUACUGUUGAAUUUCAGGGAGAUCAAAUAUAUUUGACAGCUUAUAUUAAACUGUUUUUUUAAGGGAACUCACCUCCUAUAAAAUCGAUUGAGCAUUUUAUUUACAAUGUUAACACCUGUCAUGACUAUUUCUCUUAUUAGGCCAAGUGAUCCUUGAUCCUGAUUGUAACUUAUUGCCUUACCUCUCAUCUCACUGUGUAACCUCAUAUAUUCUACAAACUGUCCAUGUACUGUAUGUUGUGUACCGUAUUAAUGAACUUGCAUUCCCAGCAUGAAGAGCAGUCUGCGCUAAGAAAAAAAAAGUGCCUGUGGGUCUUGUUUUCAUUUCCUCAGGACCUCUUUAUCUUUUUAUAUGUCACCUAUGGCGUAACACCCCUUAAUAAACAUUUUAAAACACA